AUGCCCCCGACAAAGCUCCCCGAAUCGGGGAAUCCGCUGUACGUGUUCAUCACCUUCCUUUUGACCCUGGGUGCACAACUACUUCCCUCGUGCCGCGUUUUCUUUGACAUUACACUAGGAGGCGAGCCGUUGGGCAGGAUAACUUUCGAGCUCUUCGCCGACGUGGUACCGCGCACUGCCGAGAACUUCCGGCAGUACUGCACUGGCGAGCACAAAAACGCCCAAGGCCGGCCCCAGGGCUACAAGGGGAGCCGCUUCCACCGCAUCAUCCCGAACUUCAUGUGCCAGGGCGGCGACUUUCUUCACGGCGACGGGACCGGUAGCACCUGCAUCUACGGGACCAAGAGCUUCGCCGAUGAGAACUUUACGCUCAAGCAUGACGGACCUGGCUUACUGAGCAUGGCGAACUCGGGCCCGAACACAAACGGCUCCCAGUUCUUCAUCACCACGACGGCGACCCCGUUCCUGGACGGCAAGCACGUCGUCUUCGGCAAGGUGGUCGACGGCAUGGACGUCGUGCGCAAGAUGGAAAACACCAAGACGGGAUACAGGGGCAAGGACGUGCCCAACCUCGACGUCAUAGUGUCGCAGUGUGGUGAGAUGUGA